CUCCACUCAUAGGACUCAUGUUGAGAGCCUAGGAAGGGAGGUAGCACAGCUCCCGAUCCACCCACGCCACCUCUCGACCGCGUAUGCCCGACUCCUCCUUCGCCAGCACAGGCAUGGCCCCCUCGAGCUCGGCAGCGGCGUCCAUGGCCGCGCUCGCGGCCGCCGCGGCGUCUGGCGACGGCUCGGACGACUCCGGGGCGGCCAAAAACGGUGGCGCGCCUCCGACGCACGGGGUGGAGGCGGGCAACAAUCCCGCGGAGCUGGCGGCGGCCGUGGGUGGCGCCUCCAGCAGCUCCUCCCGGGCGGCGGCGAGGAGCAGGGUCGCGGCGGCUGCUGGCGCCUCCGGCUCCUCCCCGGUGGCGGCGGCGAGGAGCAGGGGCGCCGGCGCCGUGGCCGCGGCGGCGGGCGGCGGCGGUGGCGUCGGGCCGAGCUGCCAGGUGGAGCGGUGCAACGCCGACAUGGGCGUGGAGAAGCGGUACAACCGGAGGCACAAGGUGUGCGACGCGCACCGCAAGGCGUCCGUCGUCCUCCUCGCCGGCCUCCGCCAGCGCUUCUGCCAGCAAUGCAGCCGGUUCCACGAGCUGUCGCACUUCGACGACACCAAGCGGAGCUGCCGCCUGCGCCUGGCGGGGCACAACGAGCGGCGCCGGAGGAACCCGGCGGAGGCGCACGACCAGAACGGCGGCCGGGGCGACCCGGGGAACCACCACCUCCACAUCAGAUCAGAUAAACCUAUCUAAGCAUGCUCUCUCUCUUCUGUCAUGCAGGAUGCACCUAGCAUCACCGAUCGAUAAUCCGAUUUGUGUCUCAGUGCCUACCCUGUCCUGUGUCUGUGUGUUGCGUAUGGUACGUGCUGCUGCUACUACGUGCUAACUUAAUCAAUAGGCAGUGCACAGCACAUGACCUCCUGUAAGUAAUGUGCUUUGUAUGUGCACCGACCGGAGGCGUAUAUAUGUGCUGCUGUAUACUGAUCUGCCAAGAGACCUAGUUAAUCAAUCGUGCUGAUUGUAACGUAACCUGCAGGCAAAUUAAGCAGGUGCAGUUUGUAAUCGUGCAGUGAUUAAUUGUGCGUAUGAGUAUGGAUCGAUUAUCGGAUGUGUAAUCCUGUGGCCUGUGCUGAACAGUAAUCUGUGCAGGCUGUGUAUCGAUGUUGUACUCUGAUGAUAUAAUUAAUUGUGUGGUAAUAUAUAUAUGCUAUUUAAUAUU